AUGGAUCAAGCCCGGGGACUCCUUUCAGACUCCGUGGCAUACGAGCGUCUGGAAGACACAGCGGAAGAUGAUACUAAUGCAGAUCACCCUGAGUCACGGCCCCAAUCUCGCUUUUCGCGGCUUGAAUAUGUCGUUUUCUUUCUAUUGGGAGUGACCAUGCUAUGGGCGUGGAACAUGAUGUUAGCUGCUGCGCCUUAUUUCCAUCAACGUUUCGAGUCAAACAAGUGGACAUCAACAAAUUACCAAUCCUCAAUCAUGUCCGUCUCAACAGUUACCAAUCUCGCCACCGCAUAUACCCUUGCCAAGGUGCAGAAGAACGUCUCGUACCCAUGGCGUAUCACGGUCUCGCUGCUAAUGAAUUGCAUGCUUUUCACUGUACUCGCCGUUUCGACAAUCUUUUUCAAAGACGUUCCCGCGAAAGGCUAUUUUGCCUUCUUGAUGGUCAUGGUAUGGGGCAUCAGCCUGGCCACGGGUGUCAAUCAGAAUGGCGUUUUCGCAUACGUUUCGAGCUUCGGUAGGGAGGAGUAUACACAGGCGAUUAUGAGUGGUCAGGGCGUGGCUGGUGUGUUACCGUGCAUCGUCCAGAUCAUCUCUGUCUUGAUAGUACCCAAGAAAGCCCCCGGCGCACAGGCAAUGUCGCCGAAAUCUGCCUUCAUUUACUUUAUCACUGCCACGGUUGUGUCGGUGGUGACAUUAUUGGCUUUUCUCUAUCUUCUGCGGAAUCGGCCUGAUCUGAAACCGAAGUCUACUGAAGAAGAGAAUGAGACCCUCGUCGACCAUGGCCAUGUGCAUGAUAAGACUGUAGGUUUGUGGACACUGUUCAAGAAGCUUCGAUACCUGGCCAUUGCAGUUUUUCUAUGCUUCGUCAUCACCAUGAUGGCAUUCCCAGUUUACACCUCUUCAAUCCUCUCCGUCAAUGAUCCCGAGAAAUCGCGAAUGUUCGACCCGUCUGUCUUCAUUCCGUUGGCCUUCCUAUUCUGGAAUGUAGGAGAUCUUUGUGGAAGAAUGCUCGUAGCUGUGCCAGGAUUAUCUCUCAGCCACCGCCCAUGGACCGCUUUUAUCUUUUCAGUUGCACGUGUUGGCUUUAUUCCGCUUUAUCUGUUCUGCAACGUGAAAGGCCAGGGAGCUCUUGUCUCGAGCGACUUUUUCUACCUUGUCAUUGUGCAGUUCCUUUUCGGAGUCACGAAUGGAUACCUGGUUUCAAGUUGCAUGAUGGGCACAGGAUAUUGGGUUGCUCCCCAUGAGCGUGAAGCCGCGGGUGGUUUCAUGAACAUGAUGCUGGUCGGUGGUUUGACAGCUGGUAGCUUGCUGAGCUUCCUGGCACUGGGCUCUAUUUCGGGAUGGACUGUGUAUGCUUUGUAUCUUCACCCACUGAGUCGGUACCCAGGUCCUACACUUGCAGCCCUGUCGCCAAUCUUUCACCUUCUCUGGGACAUUCAGGGAAAGCAGCACUCAGUGAUCAAAGACCUACACGACAAGUACGGGGACGCUGUCCGUAUCUCACCCAAUGCACUGGUCUAUCGAGAUUCAGCUGCUUGGAAAGACAUAUAUGGUCAUCGAAAGAAGGGUCAAAAGACUUUCGUCAAAGACCCUUCUCUCUAUGCACCAACUCCAAACGGCGUCAACGCCAUCAUCACCGCGAAUGAGCACGAUCACCAGCGCAUGCGCCGUCUCCUAACUCACGCAUUCUCCAACAAAGCCCUGAGCGAGCAAGAGGAUAUCCUCCAUACAUACGCCGACAUGCUGAUCCAAAAGCUGGCCGGAGUAUCAAGCGAAUCAUCAUCCUCCGCCAUCAUCGAUCUCACCCGCUGGUUCGACUUCACCACUUUCGACGUGAUCGGUGACCUGGCUUUCGGCGAGCCGUUCGACUGUCUUGCCAAUAGCAAGUACCACUGGUGGGUGCUUAUUAUAUUGGACGCCGUCAAGGCAAGUGCAUAUCUGAAAGUCUUCUGGUUCUACCCACUCCUCCUUCCCUUAUUCACGCUGCUCGUUCCAAAGCAUCUUCUCGAGAAACGCACCGCCAGCUUCAAUCUCAGCGUCGAAAAGAUGCGUCGCUGGCUCACAAGCAAUACUACCCGCCCGGACUUCACCUCCUACAUCCUCAAACACAGCAAAGGGGGCAAGGGACUCUCUCCGUCCGAGAUAGAUGCCAAUGCCGCUGUCUUUGUGCUGGCCGGUAGUGAGACAACCUCUGCGCUGCUGUCGGGUUGCAUGUACUACCUGCUUUGCCAUAGAGAGAAAUACAUCCGACUUGUUCGGGAAAUCCGUGACGCUUUCAAGGACCAGGCUGAUAUUACGCUCGCGCGCAUUGCUGGACUUCCGUACCUCAGUGCUGUCCUCACCGAAACCCUUAGGAUCUACCCUCCCAUCCCGGCUAUGCUGCCACGUCUUGUACCGGAGGGUGGUGCUGUUAUUGGCAAUGCAUAUGUGCCCGCAGCUACCCAUUUCAAACAGCCCGAUUCCUUCAUCCCGGAGCGCUGGCUUGCUGGGUCAGAGUCUGAGGAUUUUGCCUCGGACAAGAAAGAGGCUUUCCACCCGUUCUCAUAUGGCCCGCGGAACUGUUUAGGACAGCAUCUUGCUAACGCGGAAAUGCGUCUUAUUCUUACGAAACUGCUGUGGAACUUUGAUUUUGAGCUCCAACCCGAGUCUAUGGACUGGCAUCAGCAGCGCUCGUUCUCUCUUUGGUCUCGCUCCGCUCUCAUGGUCAAACUCGCCCGUGCUAGUCAGGGGGGUUGA